CUGAGGUGCCAGAAGCAGCGAGGAGCCUCAACUUCCUCAGGGCAGCACGAGGGUCGUGUUACCUUGGUGUUCUUCAUUGAGAAAUGGAAUCAUCGUAUCGCUGAUCUACGUAAACAAAUUGAAGAAUUGUCUGAAAGAAAAUAUGGUAUGUCUAAACUGGAAAAGUCCUGUAAUCUUAUGUUCAUGGGCGUUUACACAAUGGAGUUACUGUUCAUCAUGGGGGUACCGUGGACAAUCCCAGGGCUGCCGACAUGAACUUAUGAAUUCAACAGGUGAAGAUUUACUACUUGAUAAAUCAGCUUUGUGAGAUGCAAGAUUCAUCUGGCAUAAUGCAUUGAACAGGUUAUUAUUGAAGUCUACACCAGUCAACUGAAUAAGCAUUCAUCAAAUGUCCAUGAUAUGCAGGACCUCGAGCUGUAAAAGCCAAAGGUCCGGUGAUGAUCCCAUACCCUUUUUUCCAGUCUCAUGUUGAAGAUUUUUAUGUAGAAGGCCUUCCCAAAGGAUUUUUUUUUUUUUUGAGAUGGAGUUUUCACUCUUAUUGCCCAGGCUGGGGUGCAGUGGCGCAACCUUGCUGGUCACUGCAACCUCUGCCUCCUGGGUUCAAGAAAUUCUCCUGCCUUAGCCUCCCAAGUCGCUGGGAUUACAGGUGCCCACCACCACACCAGGCUAAUUUUUGUAUUUUUAGUGGAGAUGGGGUUUCACCAUGUUGGCCGGGCCAGUCUCGAACUCCUGACGUCAAGUGAUCUUCCCGCCUCGACUCCUGACAUCAAGUGAUCUUCCCGCCUCGGCCUCCCAUAGUGCUGAGAUUACAGACGUGAACCCAUGCCUGGCCAGGAAUUUUGUUUUUUAGGAAGGCUUUCUACUAAUGGAAUUCCUGGCCUUGAGAGGAUGUUACUUUCGAAGGAAAGGAUUUUUUUUUGUUAUUAAAAGAAACAGGACCUUGCCCUGUCACUCAGGAUGGAGUUCAGUGCUCCUAUCAUGGCUCAUUAUAGCCUCAAACUCCCAGGCUGAAGCAAUCCUACCAUGUCAGCCUUCCCGUAGCUGGGACUACAGAGACGAGGUUUCGCCGUGUUUCCCAGACUGUUCUCAAACUCCUGAGCUCAAAGCAGUCCACCCACUUUGGCCUCCCAGAGUGCUGGGAUUACAGGUGUGAGCCAUCUUGCUCAUUCUAGUUUAAACUUUUGAGUGGUUUGUGUCUCCUGAUUGGACUCCUACAAAUACAGAAUUGAUGCUAGGAAGGGUACCAGGAGAUAGACGCACACAGAUGGGAUUUGGGAAUAGGUUUGGUUAUCCAAGGAGCAGUGCUGAGCUCCUUGCUAAUGGGAUAUGGGAUGCUGGUGAUUUCCAGGAAGUGAGCUCACAAUGACUCAAGCUGCCACAUACUGUUGAUUGUGAAAUGCCAGUUGAAGCAUAUGUCCUGCGAGCUUAGGGGUGCUACAAGUUGACCACUGCAGCAGUAAAGAUGACUCUGAAGAAUGGCGUGGGAUGGAUCCUUUGAAAUGCACUUGAGCAGCGGUCUCCAACCACAGGGCCACAGAGCUGGAGCUGGAUCUACCAUGAAGGACUUCUGAAUCCAGGAAGAGAGACUGACUGGGCAACAUGUUAUUCAGGGUCUCACUCUGUUGUCCAAGGCUGGAGUGUAGUAGUGCUAUCGCAGCUGACUGCAGCCUCAACCUUCCAGGCUGAAGCGAUCCUCCCACCUCAACCUCCCACGUGGCUGAGACUACAGGUGCUUGCCACUAUGCCCAACUAAUAUUUGGAAUUUUCGUAUACGUGGAUUCCAGAGAGGUGACAGCGAAACGUGGGACCAUCCAGUUUCAGGAAAACAAGCUUAACACGCCCACUGAUUCUACAUUAUGCUCCUACCUCCCGGCAGCCUCGCCAGGCCCAGAACUCUCUCCAGUCAGCCUCUACAGACCAAGCUCAUGACUCACAGUGGCCUAUUUAGGCCCAUACCCCACCUCAUGGCAGUCUCCGCAGAUGAGCCUACUGCCUCACAACAGCCUCCACAGGCACAGCUCCAUCGUUACAAUGGCCUCUUUAGACCCAGCUCCUGCCUCCCAGCCUUCUCUCCAGGCCCUGAGCUUUCUCAAGUCGACCUCACCAGGCCCAGCUCAUGCUUCUUUGCAGCCUCUCCAGGCCCAGCUCCUGCAUCUUGGCCCCUCCAGGCCCAGCCUCUGCCUCCUGUCGGCCUCUACAGUCCCAACAUCUACCUCACAGCAGAUUCUUCAGGCCCAGCAUCUGCCUCACUGUGGACCCCCCAAGCCAAGCUCCCAACCUUUCAGCAGCUUCUACACACCCAGCUCCCGCCUGCCAGUGGCCUCUUCAGGCCCAUGGGGCUCAUUCCUCACAACAGCCUUUCCAGGCCCAGUUUUUCCCUUCCGGCGGCCUCUCUGGGCUGAAAACCUCCUCAAGUCGGCCUCUCCAGACCACUUGCACCCUCCAGGCGUCCUCUCCGGGCCAAGCUCCUCUUCCUGGCUGUGUCUCCAGGCCCGACUCCUGCCUGUCAACAACCUCUUUGGACUCAGUGCCUACCCAUCUCCUGGCUGCCUUGGUUGGCCCACAGCUUCCUCAAGCCACGCUCCCCAGGCCCAGGUCAGGCCUCACGGUGGCCUCUCCAGGAUGAGCUCCUGCCCUCCGAUGGCACCUGCAGACCCCAAAUGGUCUCCGGUCGGUGGGCUUCUCCACGCCAAGCUUGGGCCUCCCGGCGACCUCUGCAGGCCCAAGUUGUCCUGAAGUCAGCAUCUCCCGGGCCUGCCUCCCAGCAACUGCAGGACAAAUUCGAGCAUCUUAAAAUGAUUCAACAGGAGGAGAUAAGGAAGCUCGAGGAAGAGAAAAACAACUGGAAGGAGAAAUCAUAGAUUUUUAUAAAAUGAAAGCUGCCUCUGAAGCACUGCAGACUCAGCUGAGCACUGAUACAAAGAAAGACAAACAUCGACUUUUUACCUUAAUCCUUGCUGCAGUAUUUCCAAGUAAGAGUGGAGAUAGAUUUACCCUUUCUAAACUAUUAGCUGUAAUUUUAAGCAUUGGAGGUGUUGUACUGGUAAACCUGUCAGGGUCUGAAAAAUCUGCUGGAAGAGGUACAAUAGGUUCCAUUUGGUCUCUUGCUGGAGCCAUGCUCUAUGCUGUCUAUAUUGUUAUGAUUAAGAGAAAAGUAGAUAGAGAAGACAAGUUGGAUAUUCCAAUGUUCUUUGGUUUUGUAGGUUUGUUUAAUCUGCUGCUCUUAUGGCCAGGUUUCUUUUUACUUCAUUAUACUGGAUUUGAGGACUUCGAGUUUCCCAAUAAAGUAGUAUUAAUGUGCAUUAUCGUUAAUGGCCUUAUUGGAACAGUACUCUCAGAGUUCCUGUGGUUGUGGGGCUGCUUUCUUACCUCAUCAUUGAUAGGCACACUUGCACUAAGCCUUACAAUACCUCUGUCCAUAAUAGCUGACAUGUGUGUGCAAAAGGUGCAGUUUUCUUGGUUAUUUUUUGCAGGAGCUAUCCCUGUAUUUUUUUCAUUUUUUAUUGUAACUCUCCUAUGCCAUUAUAAUAAUUGGGAUCCUGUGAUGGUGGGAAUCAGAAGAAUAUUUGCUUUUAUAUGCAGAAAACAUCGAAUUCAGAGAGUUCCAGAAGACAGCGAACAGUGUGAGAGUCUCAUCUCUAUGCACAGUGUUUCUCAGGAGGAUGGAGCUAGUUAGCUGUUUGUGAUCUGUAGCCCAGCUUGAUAAUGGAACUAUACAUCGAAGAGACAAUCUCUGGCAAGUUUUUGUAGAAAAAAUGUUUCAGUGCCUAGUCUGAAAAAUAACAGUUUCAGUUCUUUGAAACUCCAAAAUAUAUUUUUCUCAUACCUGUUUUCUUCAUUUUCAUAAUGAAGCACUUUGCUAUGUAGCUGUGUACAUAUCACUACAGUUAUAGGAAGUUUCAGUCUACAGUCCAUCCAAAGGACCAACCUGCCUUACACAUCUCAAGGAAUUCAGCUGUUGAAAUCAUUUGAACUAAUCAAGGAAUAAAUCCUAAUGUUCUGGGACUUUAUUUUCACAUGUUAAAUGCUGGAAUAUAUUAUGAAAAUGUUUUCAAGAAAUCACUUAAGUGUUCAUAGACCAGUAUUUCUGACAGGUAAAAUGCUAAAAUAAGCUACCUGUAAUAAGUGUGGAUUAUAUUUUUGGGUUUUGUAGAAUAUUGCAAAUUAACUACACAAAAAAUGUUUAAUUUAUGCAACAAGCAUGUUUGUGCAAAUUUCAUGGGACUUUAAAAAGAAUAAGUAUUUGAGAAAAUAUCUGGUUCACUUACACUACAUUUACUGUAUUAUUCUUUUAUAGCAUUAGGUGCCCUGUAUUUUAAAUCUGUGACAAACCGUGGCAAAUUUUUAAAGGGGAAGUAUUAUUAUAAAAUGAAGAAAUAUGUAUUUCUAAAGGCUAUAUUGCUGUAAACUUAAUUGAUAAAGCUCUGUUUAAUUUAGAGUUUUGAAGAAAUAGUCUCCCUUCAAUUAAGAAAUUUUCAUAAUGGAAUGAUUUAAAUUGAAGUGACAAAGAGUAUUAUUAAAAUACAAUGUUUAUACGUGUAUUUGUGUAUUGUAGAUGUAUCAAGUGAUUUCUAAUUUUUUUCACAUAUGAAUGUGCCAGAUUACUCUAGAACUAGAUGUCUCUUCUUUAAAUAAUUUUAGUUUUCCUGAAUAAAUUUGUAAUGGUUAAAGUACCAAGUAAGUAAGGUGAGAAGGGAUUCUGUUUUUAAAAUCACAUCAGAAUUUUUCCUCUACUAAGAUUAUAAAUUAAAUGUAAAAUACUCCUAAUUGCAAUUCUUAAACUUAGGCCUUACAUGUACUUAUUAUGCAACUGCUCCUGGACUCUAUUCACCAUAGAUAUCAGUAAAUGUAUGUCCCAGGAUUCACAGGCUUUUGAUUAAUCAAUAUUCUUUUCAAGUUUUCUGUGUGAAGAGUUUAGUUCUCUUCAAAAUUUCUUAACUAAUCUGAUUUUUAAGAAUUCUCUUUGCAGUGUUUAGCUUCCUAUUCACAUUCUUAAAAUUGCUUUGGUGUUACCAUGAGUCUAAAAUGAAGUUUAGCCUUCCUUUUGUUUCAUUCUGAGAACUUCUAUAUUAUAUUACCUUUAAAAAUUGUUUAUGAUAUUAAAUUUAAAAUACAAACA